AUGGAUAUACAAAAGAAGUUCACGUUCAACCCCAAGGAAGGGAUUGACAAUCCUGCCCUGGUGAUCUCAGAUGAUACAGAAUCAGCUCUGGGGCCCACCCCACGCUUGUGUGUACUGAGACGUGGUGAGCGUGAGAGCUUCGGCUUCCAGCUGUGCAAAGAGAAGGACAGCCGGGACCAUGUGGUCCGCCAGGUGGAGCCUUGGAGUGUAGCGCAACGCAGUGGCCUAAGGGAUGGGGACCGGCUGCUAGAGGUCAACGAAGAGUUUGUGGGGGACGUUGGACACCUCAGGGUAGCCCAGAAGAUACAGGUGUGUGGGACUCAGCUGUGUCUCCUGGUUCUGAGCAGUAAGGACUACCAGUGGGCUAUGUCAGAGGGCUAUGACCUUCGUGAGCUGGCCAGGGCUCACCAUGGAGAAGGCUACACCCGUCCACGGCUUUGCUACAUCCCCAAAGACCCCGAAGCUGGCCUGGGCUUCAGCAUCACUCCCGUGGAAGGAGAAAAGGGUCGAUACUGGGUGAACACAGUGAGUGGUGGCCCUGCAGAGUGGGCUGGCGUGUGCAGGGGAGACCGGCUGGUAUGGAUCAACGGCACCUGGGCAUCAGCACUCACCUACUGGGCUCUCAACAGGAUGGUAAAGAAGUGCGUGAACCAUGUGACAGUUCUGGUUAUUGACCAUGAGAGUGAGUGCAGUUACAUCCGUCGCCAGCUACCCAUACUGCCUGCUAUGGCCACCACCCACAACUUGCCCCAUCAGCCCACAGACUUGGACCUGGUACAGGGGCCCAAUGGCUACGGCUUCUUGCUGAGGCAGGAGAGGAUCCGUUCAGUGCACACCGCCCACCUGCUGCGUGAUAUUGAUGUGGGCAGCCCUGCGGAGGAGGCUGGAAUGCAGGAAGGGGAUAUGCUUCUGGCGGUAAACGGUGAAGCUGUGGAGACCCUGGAACAUGAAGACAUUGUUUACCGUGUGCGUCACAGCGGUCAGCGGGUCACCCUCACCAUCAUCCAUGCUCAGGGCAGGGACUUCUACUUAAAACUGGGACUGUCUCCUCUGCUUUUUAGCCAUGGCAACCGUUCUGAAAAAUACAGGAAACAGAUGGAACAAGCUGAAGUGACAGCCCUUCCUACAGAACUCCCUCAGCAGUUUCAGGCCAGCUUUCCCUGUCCGAGACUCUGUGUACUGGAGAGAGGCCCGAAUGGAUUUGGCUUCCACCUAGGCUGUAUUCCACAUGAGCCAGGGACCUUCGUAGGUCAGGUGGCUGCAGGAGGUUCUGGUGAAAAGGCUGGCCUGUUCGAGGGGGACGUCUUGGUGGAGGUUAAUGGGAAGAACGUCGAGGAGGAAUACCUGGAGGAUGUGGUCAUGUUGGUGAAAGAGGGCGGAGGUUCCCUUCAGAUGCUGGUGGUGGAGAGGUGUGGGUACGAGAGGCUGAAAAGGAGCGGCACACCUAUAAGACCCGGCCUUGUUAUUCGGAGCUCUCAGGAACUGUAG